GCCCGCCCUGCGCGGCGGGGGGGAGCGGCCCGCGGAGCACAGGCACAGCCGCCGCCGCCGGUCACGUGCGGGGCCGGGAUGAGUACUGAAGCAGAGCAGCAGCUUCUCCAUGAUGCCAGGAAUGGCAAUGCUGAGGAAGUUAAACAGCUGUUGGACACCAUGGACAAAGGAGAAAUAAGCUUUGAUAUCAACUGUAAAGGCAGAAGUAAAUCUAAUAUGGGUUGGACACCUCUUCACCUUGCUUGCUACUUUGGCCAUGCUGUUGUGGUGGAGGAUUUGCUGAAGGCUGGUGCAGAUGUGAACGUGCUGAACGACAUGGGGGACACUCCGCUCCACCGCGCUGCCUUCACGGGACGCAAGGAGGUGGUGAUGUUACUCUUGCAGCACAAUGCUGAUACCUCUAUUGUCAAUGGCAGUGGAGAGACUGCAAAAGAAGUUACUCAUGAUAAAGACAUAAGGAAUAUGUUGGAAGCAGUGGAAAGGACACAAGAAAGGAAACUGGAAGAAGCACUCUUGGGAGCAGCAAGAGAGGGGGAAGCAGGGAAGCUGGCUGCCUUGCUGAACAAGCCCAAACCACCCAACAUCAACUGCACAGACCAGCUGGGGAACACCCCUCUGCACUGUGCUGCGUACCGUGCCCAUAAGCACUGUGCUCUGAAGCUGCUGAAGAAUGGGGCAGACCCUAAAAUCAGAAACAAAAAUGAUCAAACACCCCUUGAUCUAGCCCAAGGUGCAGAAAUGAAGCUGAUACUGGGAGGUAAAACUGGAAAGGUGAUCAACAAGCCCCUGAGAAGAUAUGAAGGUCCCCUGUGGAAGAGCUCCAGGUUUUUUGGCUGGAAGCUCUCCUGGGUGGUGCUGGAGCAUGGAGUCCUUUCCUGGUACCGCAGGCAGGCUGAUGCAGUAAAUAAUGAUCACAGGCAGGGCUGCAAGCACCUAACACAAGCUGUGUGCACGGUGAAGUCUGCAGACAGUUGCUUCUUCUCUGUCAGGUGCUUUGAUGACACUGUUCAUCGCUUCAAGAUUCCUAAGAACAGCCUUCCUGCCCAAACCAGAGAGAGCUGGCUGGAAGCAAUAGAAGAGCACUCUGCAUACAGCACUCAUUACUGCACCCAGGAGCAGCUGAGCAGUGAUGAUGAAGAUGAUGACACAGUGUCUGUUACAGACCUACAGGAUACUCUCAAAAAAGCACAAGCAUGCCAGCAAAGGCUCAGUAGAGAGAUUUCAGACUUUCUCACAAUGGUUAAAUCUUUGGAUGCUACAAAAGGAAUAUCUCCUCCCCUCCUGCAAAAAGUUGACAUGGUCUCUGAAAUAUCCCAGGAAACAUGUGAGGCCCUGGCUGACUGCCUUGACCUCUUCAGAAGGCAAGAAGGGGUGAGGAAUUUGAAACUGGAGCAUGAGCAGGAGAAAAACAAGAUCUUGUCAGAAGCACUAGAGACACUAGCGACCGAGCACCAUGAACUAGAGCAGUCUCUGGUGAAGGGAUCUCCACCUCUCAGCAUCCUCAGUGAGGAGCAGUUCUAUGAUGCUGUCUCAGAUUCAGAAUCUGAAAAAUCAUUAGGUGGCUUUGAAACAACAGCAGCCUACUCCUUAGAGGACAGCAUGGAUUCCAAAGAGACCAUAACUUCCAGCGUGUCCGAGGAAAAGGUCUGUGGCAGUGGGGAGUCGCUGUCGAACGGCAUCAAAAAGCACAGGACCAGCCUGCCAUCCCCCAUGUUCUCCAGGAAUGACUUCAGCAUCUGGAGCAUCUUGAGGAAAUGCAUUGGAAUGGAGCUGUCGAAGAUCACCAUGCCAGUUAUCUUCAACGAGCCGCUGAGCUUCCUGCAGCGCCUGACCGAGUACAUGGAGCACACUUACCUCAUCCACAAGGCCAGCUCCCUCUCCAGCACCACCGAGCGCAUGCAGUGCGUUGCUGCCUUUGCCGUGUCUGCCGUGGCCUCGCAGUGGGAGCGCACAGGGAAGCCGUUCAACCCCCUGCUUGGAGAGACCUAUGAACUCAUCAGAGAUGAUCUUGGAUUCAGACUUCUCUCAGAGCAAGUCAGCCAUCACCCCCCAAUCAGUGCUUUCUAUGCUGAAGGCUUAAACAAUGAUUUUGUGUUUCAUGGAUCCAUUUAUCCCAAGCUCAAGUUCUGGGGCAAGAGUGUGGAAGCAGAACCCAAAGGCACCAUGACCUUGGAGCUUCUGGAACACAACGAAGCCUACACGUGGACAAAUCCUACCUGCUGUGUGCACAACAUCAUUGUGGGCAAGCUUUGGAUUGAGCAGUAUGGAAAUGUGGAAAUAACUAACCACAAAACGGGGGAGAAAUGUGUGCUAAGCUUCAAACCCUGUGGCCUCUUUGGGAAGGAGCUGCACAAAGUUGAAGGCUACAUUCAGGACAAAAGCAAAAAGAAGCUUUGUGCUCUGUAUGGGAAGUGGACUGAGUGUCUGUACAGUGUUGACCCAGCCACAUUUGAAGCUUACAAAAAAAAUGACAAGAAGAAUGCAGAGGAGAAGAAAAGCACCAAACAGGUGGGCACUGCUGAGGAAUCAGAUGAGAUGCCAAUGCCAGAUUCUGAGAGUGUCUAUGUCAUCCCUGGAAGUGUUCUGCUGUGGAAGAUAAGUCCAAGGCCUCCAAAUUCAGCACAGAUGUAUAACUUCACCAGCUUUGCUAUGGCCUUGAACGAGCUGGACAAGGAGAUGGAGAGCGUCAUCCCCAAGACCGACUGCCGGCUGCGGCCGGACAUCCGAGCCAUGGAGAACGGGGAGAUAGAUCUCGCCAGUGAGGAGAAGAAGAGGCUAGAGGAAAAGCAAAGGACGGCUCGCAAGAACCGCUCCAAGUCGGAGGAGGACUGGAAGACAAGGUGGUUCCACCAAGGCCCCAACCCCUACACUGGCACACAGGACUGGCUUUAUUCUGGCAACUACUGGGACAGAAACUACUUUAACUUGCCUGAUAUUUAUUAAAGUGCAAUCAGGAGCCUGUGACUGACACAAACAAGUCUUAAAUCUGUUCUAAUGUUCCCCCUUGUUUCACUCCCCUCCUGAAAACCUGGCAUCUUC